AAACACGUGAAUUGUUUUUACUUGACAGUUGGCACCCGUAACCAACUCCACUGUUUCUACCUAACCCUUCACUUCCCAUUACAGCCAGGAAAAUGUCCCGCAUAACCCUUCUCCUCCGACUACGAGCUAGAUUGGUGGAGAGAUGUGUGCACCACACCUCCAGUACCUCCCUCACUUCCAGGCUACUUCACACCACCCCUGCUGUGUUCAAAGUGUCAGGGCCACAAAGGAAAAGGUUCGCUGAGGAGCUGCAACAACAGAUGAAGAGGGAUGAACUGUUAGGGAGCGGGAAAGGGAAACUGGACUUUGAUAAGGUUCCAAUGGAGGAGCAAGAUAUGAGGUCACGUGAUGAGGGUACAGUUGAGGAGGAGGAACAAUCUCAACCACUAGAACUGUCUGCUCUAGUAGAACUAGAUCUGAGCGAGUCUGACCUCAGUCACUCUGAAUCUGAAGCUCAGAUACAUAGUGAAUCAGCGGUCAGCUCUGUGGAGGAACAUUCUGACGGAGUCCCAGUUAACAUCAUGGGAGAUCUGGAGUCCCUCUUCUCGGAUGUUGCUCCUCCCGAACCUGUGGUACCCGAACAGGAAGGGGUCGUGGAGUCUCUAGGAAGUGAGGUGGAUUACAAUAUCUACUACAACACAGUAGAGGGUGACAGGCAGGUGAUGGAGGAGAAAGCGCUAGGUUUACGGGACCUGGACAGCGGCAUUCCUCUUGACCACGUGGUACAGUUCGUCAGGGAUUACAAGUGCUUCGAUACUGAAGUCAUCCAGGCAAGGAAGGGAAUGUAUGUGGAGCACGUGAUCAUAACAUCAGUACACAAUACGAAGCACCUGAAGGAUGCAUCAAGAUCCUUCUUCAAGAUGUGUCGUGACGACUACGACAUGGCCAUGAACCAGCACAAUGAGAAAGAUAACACCGGACACACGUGGAAAGCAUAUGAUGUGGGCCACACCAUGCUCCACUUCUUUCUACCCGUUCAGCGCGCUAAGUUUAACUUGGAGUCUUUCUGGCUGGGACAGGACGCUGAGUACGAAGACGCAGAGCAGGAAGAGGACCGCUACACGUCAGACCUUUUAGAGGGACUCUUUCCUGAUGAGGACUUCACCAGACUUGGCAAACCUUUCGAGCUUAUCAGGGACAGCAGAGAUGUUAAGUAGUGUAUCGUUUGUGAUAAGACGAUGAAAGAUUGGAUCACCUUGAGCCACUAUCUGCCUUCAAACCAGUCACCAGACUACAGUUGGCAUGACUAGAAUUAGAGACCAGAGAGAUAGAGAGAGAAAACUGGACUCCUAGGUGAGCCUCAACAAAUUACAGACAUGCUCCGGGUUCCUUUCUAAUGCAGUCAAAACUAGGAAGGAACAAAUAAGGAUAGAAUGUUUGUGUCAACAGGAUAUCAAUCAAUUGUUUGUGGUCGACUUUAUUGUGAAAUGAAUUAUUGUUCAUUUAGUUUGUAACAUGACUAAAGAGUUUUCAAAAAGAUGUAUUUUAGUUUUUCGAAAAGUAUAUUUCAACACAAAAUGGGUAACAAGCGAAUAAACUGCAAUCAAUAAUUUAAUAGUAUAUGUAUAACUAUAACUCUAGCCAUUACGUGUGUCCACUGUCCACAAGCCACAUUCUUGAGUUAAUUUUCAGCAGAAGCCGAACUGUCCUCAACUCUUUGACACGUGUCAUAUUUGAACCUACAAAUUGUAGGUUAACUGCCAACAAGCCACUAAAGCGACUGGUAUCAUUUUCAAAGUUUGACAAUAGCAUAUUUGAAGAGCUUCGGAGUAAUAAAAUUUGUGAAAAAAUAUGUGUUUCUAGA